CAUACCAUACCAUACCACAACAAUCAGUCACAAGAUCCAGAGCAGCAAGCAAGAACUACUGCUUCGUUCUGUCUAGUCUAGUUAUAUAUAUAUAUAUAUAUAUCGACGACGAGGGUUUAGUGAGGGUUCCUUUGGUUGUCGAUUGCUAGAUUGAUUGUUAAUUUGCAGCUGGUUUGAAAGGGCCGAUCGACAGCCAUGAUCCCGGGAUCCGCGGUGUACCACGUCGUGGAGGCGAUGGCGCCGCUGUACACGGCGGCGGUGCUGGGCUACGCGUCGGUGCGGUGGCUCAAGGCCUUCUCCGACGAGCAGUGCGCGGGGAUCAACCACUUCGUGGCGCUCUACGCCGUCCCCGUGCUCAUCUUCCACAUGGUCUCCACCAACGACCCCUACCACAUGAACGAGCGCCUCAUCGCCGCCGACACGCUGCAGAAGGCCGUCAUGCUGCUGGCGCUCACGGCCUGGGCCUUCUGGUCCCACUUCCGCAGGCGGCGUGACGGCAAGGCGUCGUCGGCGUCGGCGGCGUCGCCGAUCAAGUGGGUGGUGACCAACUUCUCGGUGGCGUCGCUGCCCAACACCAUCAUCAUGGGCGUGCCGCUCCUGGACGGCAUGUACGGGUCCGUCUCCGGCGGGCUCAUGAAGCAGAUCGUCGUCAUGCAGUUCUGCAUCUGGUACAACGUCGUCAUCUUCCUCUACGAGUUCAUGGCGGCGCGGGACGGCACCGCCAAGAUCAGCCCCGCCACCGUGCCGCCGGCGGCGGCGGCGGCCGAGAAUCGCGACCGUGUCAUCAUCGACGAAAACGGCGGAAGCAGUAUUCAUGAACAUGACCACCGUAGCCAUCACCAGGUGGUCGUCAACAUUGAGAUCACGGAGGUGGCGGCGGCGGCAGUUGCGUCGACGCCCACUGCACCAGUCGACGGCGCGGCGGCCGCGAAGGAGCUGAUGAGCGCAGACGACGCUGGAGAUGGAGAUGCAGAUGCUAACAAUAACAAGGCGGCCGUGGAUGUCGUCCCGCCGCCAACGCCGGUCCAGCCGCAGGUGCCGUCGGUGAUGCACGUCGUGUGGAUGGCCACGAAGAAGCUUCUCCAGAUUCCGAAUACCUAUGCCAGUUUCCUUGGCCUCAUCUGGUCUCUCAUGGCAUUCAAGAUUGGAUUCUCAAUGCCAAAAAUUGUUGGUGACUCUCUGUUCAUCAUCUACACAACCGCAGUUGGGCUGAGCAUGUUCGCUUCAGGGACGUUCAUAGCGCGGCAGUCGCGGUUCGUGCCAUGCGGCUACACCAUCGCGUCGCUCUCCAUGGUCCUCAAGUUCCUGAUUGGCCCGAUCAUCAUGCUGCUCGCCUCGCUGGCCGUUGGAAUGCACGGCACCCUUCUGCACAUUGCUGUUGUACAGGCGGCUCUCCCCCUGGCCGUGACCUCAUUCGUGUAUGCGGAGGAGUACAAGGUCCACGCCGACAUCAUGAGCACUGGGGUUAUUCUCGGGAUAUUUAUCUCGCUGCCCGUCACAAUUGUGUACUACAUACUGCUCGGCCUUUGAAUUUGGAUUGAAUUUAUGAUGGAUGAGUAUAUGUCUAGCUAGAUUGAUUAAGAAAAGGGCUCCCGUCAUGUACAAAAUCUGAAGCGGGCACAACCGCAGAAGAAUUGGUGGUUACACAGCUCAGAUGAGUCAGAUCGAGAUGCAACACCAUGCAGGGAAAUGUUGCUGAUGCUACCAAAAAUCAAUAAGAUUACCGUGUGCUAGCUAGACAAUACCUUAACUACAUAUGUUCUUUUUAGAAAUAGUCCCUUGUAAUAUGUUCCAAAAUAUCUCAAUGUAUAUAUAGCAGGCAUGCAAUAGAAACAAUUCAUUGCAGAGCUCA